UAGCAAGCUCUGACCAAAAAUCGUGUAUUGGCUGGCUGGCUUCGUCUUGGCUAGCUCUCUCUCUCUCUACACCUCUCUUCACGGUUUUCUUAUAUACGUAUCUGCGCCUGUGAGUGAAACAGUAGAAAGAGCAAAAAAGCAUAGACAGAAUCUAAUGGAAUACGAUAGGAUACACAAAGUUCAGCACGCCAAUUGCUUGAUUAAUGGCCUCAGAGAAAAUCACGCUUAAAGAAAAUUGAGGUUGAAUGAAAUGAGAUCAUUUAAAUGGGACUGGUAUUCUAUCUCCGAGUAAAUUGAGGAUGAAGCUUAUGGGGUCACACCAUCAAAAGAGAUCAAACAGUAUUUCCUCAAGAACAUCUCCUGCUAGAAUGGGAGAUUCAGAGUUUGCCAAGGACAGCUUGUUGGCAGCGGAAAAUGGGGAUUUUGGAGAGGAAGCAUUGAAUUUAGAGGUUUCACAAGUUAAGUCUGAUGGUGCUAGCCAAGGUGAUGGGAAUUCAUUGCAGCCGAAGGAUAAUGGCGAUGCUAGUCGUUUUAGAAUGCAGCUUCUUUCCAAGGGAGAUACUGGUAAUUCCAGUUCUGUCCACCCCAUCAGAAUGUCUGAGGAUGACAAUCUUGAUUAUGAUAGCACCUCGAGCUUUGAGUUCCAUAAAGGGGAUAGGUCGCUGCACCAUUCCAUAACAAGAUCGUUCUCGAGGCCAAUGUCGUCGAAAUGGAACGAUGCAGAGAAGUGGAUUAUGAACAAGAAAAAUGUGCAAUCCAAUAUCUCAAAGAAGGCCAACAUCCAAAAUCAGGUGAACAGACAACCAGCUGCGAAAAUGGUGAGAGUUGUGCCAGAGCCAUCGGUGAAGCGUGUCGAUUUUUGCCAACCUGCUUCGCAGACAGGACCGGGGAAAUUCGCAUUGAUGGAUGAUUCAAAUAUGCCUUGCACCAAGAGUGUAACAGACGAAACAACAGCAGAUCCUGCCAUACGAUCAGUAUCGAUGAGAGACAUGGGAACAGAAAUGACUCCUGUUCCGAGCCAAGAGCCGUCAAGGAGUACUACACCGGUAACUCCAACAACCCCAAUUCGCAGCCCAAUGUCUUCCGUACCUUCUACUCCACGGAGAGGGGAACAAGCACCCACACCAACCGAACAUUCCAUCAGCAAUUCCACUCAGAACUUGGCUGAACAUGCUAAGAAGGAAUUGUCCGAGCAAGAGCAAAAGCUUAAAACGAGAAGGGAGAUUGUGGCCCUGGGCGUUCAACUCGGUAAGAUGAACAUUGCUGCUUGGGCAAGCAAAGACGAGACUGAUAAGAGUGAUUCUGGGAAUGAAGCUAUAGACAAUGAUGAGCUUACACCGACUGAGUAUACAAAGCGCGCAGCUGCCUGGGAAGAAGCUGAGGAAGCUAAGCAUGCUGCCAGAUAUAAACGCGAAGAAAUAAGAAUUCAGGCAUGGGAGAGUCAGCAGAAAGCAAGGCUUGAUGCGGAAAUGAAGCAGAUAGAGGCCCAAAUCGAGCAAAUGAAAGCGCAGGCUCAAGCAAAGAUGGUGAAGAAGGUAGCAAUGGCAAGACGAAAAUCGGAGGAGAAAAGAGCAUUAGCUGAAGCUAGGAAAAACCGACAGGCUGAAAAAACUGCAUUGCAGGCAGAAUACAUACGCGACACGGGCCGUAUCCCUUCUUCCACCUUCAUCUGCUGUGGUUGGUCAUAACCGAGCAGGACGUCCUCUCAGCAAAAUACGCAGGAAAACACACUCCUGUGGGAAUAAGUUUCUCCAUGUGAGAAUCACCAUUGUGGUUAUGCUUUCCACCAUAUAUCUUUUUUCAGUCAAGAAUUUGAAGCUUUUGGAUUGAACUGCAAGUCUUUGCAGCUAUACAUGUCCUCAUUCACACCAUGUAUAGUUUUGAUGUAAUAUCUGCCAUUUUUGGUUA